GCGCGGUGGCGGUGACGCAGCUGAGGCCGGUGGAUGUGAAGCGCUGACAGGACGCUGAGGGAGAGCAGAUCGGUGAAGUGUGUCUGCAGCAGCGGCCACAGUGGAUUACCCGCACGCACAGGCCUGUCCAGCAGGGGGCAGUGUGAGACCAAGCUCCGCUCCCAGUAAGCCAUCUCUCUCCCAGUUUAUCGAACCGAGGUCCGAGGUCGGUCUGCGCUGUCAAGAUCACGCCUCUGUCUACCAUGAAAGGCUCCCCUGACCUGAUUCCUUCUGCAGAUCUGGACCCCAGCAGAGUGUGCAAAGGGAAGGGAGUGGUGACUCUGAGGGCCACGCUCGUCCACAUAGACGACGAGGGCCGCAUCACCGAGGAGCCCAGCGUCGCCCCGGCAACAAGCGGCUGGACGGGCCAGAUUAAUGGAGACGGCUCCGGAGCAGAACCGGCCGAGGGCGGCAGCAGCAUCACAGCUGAUUUACCUCCUGUAAACAGCGCUCGGUGCCAGGCCAAUCCAUCAGCGCACCAGGCCGUCCUCUCCACGGACCUUCAGGACCGUGCCGCGUCCACCUACGGCUCUGCUUACCCGUGCACUAGCACAGUCAACCCCACCAUCGUGCUGCUGCAGCACAGCCGAGCAGAGCAGCAAAAGCAUCUUUCUCAUUUGGAAGACCCAACCCCAGAAAGGGACAAAGGUCCCGAUCCGUGGAGAGACUCAGUCAGUCCUGUCAGUGAUAUGGAUGGGAAAAGGCUGCGACUAUCGUUUCACUCCCCGAUCCUCAGUCCAAUCAACAGACCCAUUGUGCCUGUACGGAACACUGAGAAGCCCAAAGAGUGGUAUAAGACAAUGUUCAAGCAGAUACACAAGCUACCUGAGCCAGUAGAGGAGAACCCUUACCGCCCCACCUACAUAUUCCCCGAGAACUAUGAGGUGAAACCAAAAGAUGAUGGUCUCACCCCCUUUGGUUACUUGGAAGAUGUGAAAACAGUCCCACGCUCAAAAAGCGAUGCUGAAGUCAGCUCCAGGGGCCGGUCCAUGCCUGUGCCAACACGCUCGUCGUCCCUCAAACCCUCUGCCAAAAGGAACGAGUGGGAGCCCCCAGAUAAAAAGGUAGAUACCAGGAAGUACCGCGCCGAGCCCAAGAGCAUCUUCGAGUACGAGCCGGGGAAAUCGUCGGUGCUGAAGCUGGAGAGAACGACUCGGGACGUAAGCCCCGAAGAUGUAGAUUUAGAGAAUGAGCCGUGGUAUAGAUUCUUUUCAGAGAUGGAGUUUGACAAAUCGAGUGCCCCCUCUUUCAGCCCCCUGGAAACAGCCUCGGACCUGCAGCAUUACUCCUCGAGCAAGUCUGGACACAACGAGGUGGAGAAGGACAGGGCAUCGUCCUCGAGCGAGCCCGCCGCUCCAGAAUGCGACCGCCAUGUUUACAAGAGUGUCCUGGAGGGCGGGGACAUUCCCUUACAAGGUCUACGGGCCCUGAACAAGCGCCACGGCAGCUCCUCCUCCUCUAAAGUGGAUUAUAAAGGUGGGAAUGGCUGUAUGAUUUCGCCCUGCUCUUCUGUAAAUAGUCAAUCGGUUCUUGCCACUAAUGCAAUAGGUAACCAGUGUAAGAGUAAGAAGCCUCUUUCUGCUGCCAAAGCCUGCAUUCCGCAAAUCCUGCCCUCUAAGUUCAAGCCCAAGCUGCUGCCACACAGUGGUGAGAGUCAGGACAGCGCCAGCAAAGCUGUCAGGCAGCCCAAGGCUCACAGCUGUGAGGACCUGUACACGGGGCCGUGCGACGCAGACCUCACGCUUGACUCCCAGUCUGUCUGUGGAGGUGAGGGCGAAGGAGGCCUCAGCGAUGUUUCCCCCGCAAUCAGGAGGAGCACGUCGGCGUUCUCCAGCCUGUACCGGACCAUGCAUCACAUCCAGCGGCCCAGCUCGGCCGGCUGCAGCCCGCACGGCAGCGUCCGCAGCCUGGCCUCCCUGUUCGAGGGCGCGAAGGCCGAGGGAGGUCAAAGGUCAAAGGCGGACGGCGCCAGCGUCCCACGGGACGCCGUGCUGUCGCAGGUCAGCGAGUUUGAGAUGAUCAUCCAGCGGACCGGUCCGGCGCCCAGCCGCUCGUCCUCCCUGCCCACGCUGCACUCCGACCGGAACCACAGCCCCGACCGCGGCUCGGCCCGGCUCCGCAUGGCGUCCGCAGUGUCGGCAGAGUCUCUACCGGCAGCCGGCGCCACGCAGACGGCGGAGGCAGAGGGCAAGGCCUGCGAGGAGGAGACCCUGUCACCGGAGAGCGUGAAUAUGGAGGAGUCUGGUUCCUCCUCGGGCGACGGACUCAACAUCGGGACUGAUUCCAACACUGAAGCUGAGGUGGAACGGAUCUUCAGCGAACGCUCCCCAGAACUGAUCUGCCAAAGCGUUAGCACGUCACGGAGUCCCUCAGCACCGCACACCGAGUCCCCUCCGCAACACAACCACCUCCACCACCACCACCUCCUGCACCACCUCAACCACCACCUCCUCCUCAAACCCAGCAAGUGCAAAGGCUCCUGCCCGGCCUCCUACACGCGCUUCACCACCAUCCUCAGGCACGAGCGGCAGCAGGCCACCGCGCCACAGCCGGAGAGGAGGAGCACGACGCCGCCGGGGAACCUCCUCCUCAUGGGCCCCGCUCCCUUCAGGCUGAGGAGGAACCCGCAGUCCGGCCAGACCCGCAGAACCCUGCUGGCCGCCACGGCGACGAUGGGCACCCCGAGGCCCGGCAGCAGCCGCUCCCCGGAGCCCAGGCCCCUCAUCCCCCAGCGCAUGUCCUCCCUGGAGGUCCUGGAGAGGCUGAGUAACGGGGAGGGAGACCCCAAUGAGCCCCUGAGUAACGGGCAGGGUUUGGACGCCAAUGGGAACCUACUGCAGCCGCGGGCAGUCCUCUGCAGAGACUCGUCCCCGGCUCACGGGGAAAACCCUGAUGAAGUGCUGCGGAGACGUCACGGAGACAAAGAGAAAAUGUUGGAGGAGCAGCGGCGGCUGAAGCGGGAACAGGAAGAGGCUGACACGGCGUCGAGGCGACACACAGGCAUUGUUCCAACGCACCAUCAGUUCAUCACCAACGAGCGCUUUGGGGACCUGCUCAACGUCACAGAUAACUCACAGAAAAGGAAAUCGGGCGUGGAGAGAACUCCAGCCAUGGCGCGCUUCGACUUCAGAGCAGAAACUCUAAAGGAGCUGCCGUUUCAGAAGGGCGACAUCGUCUACAUCAUCCGGCAGGUGGAUCAAAACUGGUAUGAGGGGGAGCAUCACGGCAGAGUGGGGAUCUUCCCCCGCAGCUACGUGGAGCUUCUACCCCCCACGGAGAAGGCGCAGCCGAAGAAGAGCGUCCCGGUGCAGGUCCUGGAAUACGGAGAAGCCGUGGCCCGCUUCAACUUCACCGGGGACACCGCGGUGGAGAUGUCUUUCAGAAAGGGGGAGAGGAUCACGCUGAUCCGCAGGGUGGACGAGAACUGGUACGAGGGCAAGAUCUCGGGUACCAACCGCCAGGGCAUCUUCCCCGUCACCUACGUGGAGGUGCACAGACGGCCCCGCAUCCGGAACGGGGUGGAGUACCCGGACCCCCCCGUCGGCCAGUCGCCCCAGCGCAGCACCAACGCGUCCCCCCAGCUGUAUCGCAAUCGCCUGACCACCUCGCCCCUGCCCCUCCCCCGCUCCCCCCGCCGCUCCGUCUCCCCCGAGGUCCACGCCGUCUCCUCCGAGUGGAUCUCCCUCACCGUGGGAGGCGGCAGCCCGCCCGCCGCCCCCACCCCCCCCCUGCCGCCGCUGCCCACCGUGUCCUACCGCUGCGGCGAAUACCUGCCCCCCCCCUUCUCCGUCAGCCCCCUGCCUCACCUCGCCGGGAGCCCGUACGGCGUCUCCCCCGUGGCCUCGCCGUCGGCCUCCCCGCUGCCGCCGCCGUACCCGCCCCGGCCCAACUCCACCACUCCCUUCGUCACCUUCACCCCUCCCCAGGGGGAGGACUUCCUGCUCUCCCCCCCCUCGUCCCGGCUGUCGCGCAGCAUGAGCCCCUGCGGGGGGCCGGUGCUGGAGGGCUGGCUGAGGGGGGAGAAGGAGCUGGCAGAGGGGGAGAGCUCAGAGGGGGACAGGGGCUGUGCAGCCCCGGGCAGCAGGCAGAAUAGCCCCGCAGAGUUGGUGAAGAGCGAGCCGGACCAUCACGGCCGCAGCUCCAGGAGCCCCGUGAUGCUGUUCGACAUCCAGGACAACAACAACGUUAACUCCUUUGCGGAGGCAGUGUGUAAUGAGAUCUUGAAUAUAGCUGAGACCUCGGUGAGGUACUGCAGCACCCUGUCCCACCACCCCCACGAUACUGUCCAUAGACUGCACCCCCACCCCAGUAAACAAUCUCUCAUCAUUUCCCAGCAACCCAAGUCACACAGCAACAGUCCGGAACCGAGCCGUCUGAGCUGCGGAAUUUUCCAGGCUCUGUACAGUUACGCGCCGCAGAACGACGACGAGCUGGAGCUGCAGGAGGGGGAUCUCGUCAGCGUCAUGGAGAAAUGCGAUGACGGCUGGUUUGUCGGAACCUCAAAGAGAACGAAGCAGUUCGGGACUUUUCCUGGGAAUUACGUGAAGGAAGUGAAACUGUAAGGAUACCUGCUCUACCAUGACCCACGGAUGCCCGUUAAGCUUAGGAAGUCAUUUCUAUCACGCAUGUCGGCUGUUGGUUGGAAAAAGACUUGGUUGGUAUUUUGUCUGGGAAAGUGAUUGGUUCGGCCUGAAGUAUGUCAAACAGCUGGAGGUGAGGACAGAGACGGCUCACUGGCCCAGGCCUCAGCGCGGCGCACGCCGCCGCCACGUUACACAUCUGGAAUUUUAUCGUUAACUAGCAUUUUAACGUACAGAAGGCAGAUUUCACCUCGUCCACGUUUUUGAACAGUUACACAAGUGUUUACGUAGCAGCUCCACCCGGAGGCACGGCAGCGGAGCAGUGCGUGGAUCAAAGAGCGGGUCCUGGUACAUGAACUGGACUUUGUCGGGGUCAGAAUGUAUUUUUGUGCGACGCGGUGGUUGGAGCUUUUUGUCAUGAGCCACCUUUCAGCGCCGGAGGUGUUUAUCGUAUGAUGCAAACCAGACAUGUAAAUGAUUUUGUUUCUAUUCAGGCUGUGCUUCCAGAAAAAAACAUUCAGUGUUUAAAUUUAUUUGACGUGAAUGUAUGAAAUCAAGAUUGGUGGUUCAUUUUUGGACAGUUUAUCUAAAAUAAGGAAUAGUAUGCAGUUUGAAGCCCCUUCAGAAAAACAAGUCUGUCUUGUAUUGUUGUGAAAGAACUGCAAAGUAAAUCAAUAUUUGAUAUUUCUGAAGACCUUGAAAGCAGUGUUGCUUUCAUUUUCUGCCCUUGGUUCCUUCAUCAUCCAUUUCAUGUCUCACAGAAAGUGAGGACAAACGUGCACAUUGUUGGAGUGAACUGUGUAUUUCUACUGAGGCCUCCUGUGUUUGCUGAUGCCUGAUGCCUAUACGGUAGCUGGUGGUGGAGGCCUGGCUUCAACCACAGCGCACGCGUGAUAGCACUUAACUUCCUGUUUGGUUCUUUUAAGCAAACCCCACCUAAUCCCUGCAAAUAGCAGAAGAUGAAUCAGUAAAGAAAGGGAUUCGAUGUUUUAACUAAUGCCAACAAGGUGUCUUAGAGAAUAUUCAUGUUGAUUUUUAAAAGCAGAUGAGAUUUUAACCGUGCCCUUAAUGACGGAGUGUAUGUUUUAGCCAUGUAAAUGUGUACAGAAAACUUUAAGCGGCCUUCCACAUACAGUUCAGUAUGGCGACAUAUUUUCAUAUGUAAUAAGUACAACUACAGUAUGCAGUUAAAGACUAACUCUCAUAAGUACAGCAUGCAUUGUAAAAGAAUAAAAAACUAACCAUUAAAGGUGGAGCAUGAAACUCAGCCAACACGUGUAUUUGCGCCCUUAGCUUAAAGAAAACGCUUGUGGCGACAGGGUUCCCUGACUUUACUAGCUCUGCGGUGAAAGAUCACCCGCACGCGUCUUCCUGCGAGCUCAUCAGUGGCACCACCGGGUCCUGCAUCGCGCACUAAGCGUCAGAAUAGGUCGCACAAUGCGAUGCCGUAGCUGUUGUGUUUGCUUUGCUUCAGACGCCUCGUCAUCACCCAUCGCUGCGACGUGCUCAGUGGUUCUAAGCAGAACUGUCCAACUGUACUUCCAAAAUAAAAGUCUGCUUUAGCGCUUGGUCGGGUCUGUUUAGAGCAGUAUUUUACUAGGAGCUUCACCAGAUCCGUUUCAGAAUUUGCACAUUUUUAACAAGUGGGCCUGUUGUUCAGUGUAUGGUCGAAGUAUUGAAAACUAAUAUACCGUCCUAGAUCCAGAGGUGUAUGUUUACUGCUGUGUAUCAGUAUUGAAUACGUUAGCAAGCGUUAUGCAGUUGUGAUAAACAAUGGCCUGAUAGGAAAAUGACUGAUGCUGUGUGAUACGAGGCUUAAUCACUAUUGGAGCAUGUUGAUUUAACAAGUGAUAGCAGUCCUCUGACAGUUUCUGUUGAGACAAAAUCAGGUGGCGCUUCCUGACACUUCUGCCAACGUCAGCAAGGGAAUAUUUACUCAGCAGGAUGAAACACAAUGAAUGGACAGCGUUGUGGGUUUGCCUGUGUAGCACUGGUGUUGUAUGUUCAGGUAUUUUGUUUCACCACAAAAGCAUGUUUUUUUUUUUCCUUUCACUGCUGGCCAAACGUGUCCCUGUGUAACUUCAGCUCCUCAUGAAAGUGCAGGAGAUGGAACCAUAAGGAGAGAGACACACGACAGUCUGUGGUGAAUGAGUAAUAAUCAUGUAGCCACAACACGACUCACUGUUUAUAGGUUUGCGCUACAAAGCAUCACAGGAUGAAUGAAUGUAUGAAGACAUGAAUGUGGCUCACAGAGUGUACAAAUACUUUGUAAAGAUAAACGAACGUGCAGACUUAUGAGCAGCGUGGCACAAGAAUGGCUGUAAAUAUGUAAAAUAACAAUGGGCUGUGAGUGAUGGAAGCAUCGGUUUGAGCUUCCCCGUCGCUCGCAGAGGUUUAUUUACCUGAAGGCGUUUUGGCGAAGCACAAAGUGGAGCGUUUCUGAGCACAGGAAGUUUGACGCAUAUGAACAUUACGCUGCCAUUUGUGAGGAUCAUAAUUCCUUAUGUUUGAUGUAUUGUGCCUCAUUUUCAUAUAUCUAUUUUUUUGAUCAUCACUGAAUUAUAUCCAUGUCAUGUUUAUUGUAACCAUGGUGUGCCCAUAAAUCCUAAUCCCUGUGACGGGACAAUAUUUAAUAUGAACUUUAAUAAAGACAGUUACUGUACCUUAGUGUGUGACACGACGCUUCGACAUAAUGAAUAAUAAUCAUAGGAAUGGACUUGUUUGAUGACAUACAAUCUGCAACAGGUUUGGUUUGUUUGCUUCGAUUUGCAGUGCUGUUACAUUGACAAAAUGAAAAUAAAAUACUAUACACUGCUGUGACUUUGGUAUUAUGCAAUAUUUAAUAAAUCCAUUUAAACCA